AUGGGCAAAGGAACAGAUAAAAUGUACAUUACUCAUUCUGAGUGGUCGGGUGAGUUCGGUGGAAUGCAGUUUGGUGGAAUUCAGGCCAGAAAACAGACCGAAACAUUCAAGCGACUUCCUUUCUUCUGUUGUUCUUUGUCUUUACAGCCGUUUGAGUACCCUUAUUGUACGCCUGAUGGUACAAUUUUUGAUAUGACAAAUAUUUAUGCCUAUAUAAAAAAAUACGGAACGAAUCCUGUUACCGGGAAAAAACUUGAACUGAAAUCACUGAUUAAAUUGAAUUUUUUUAAAAAUCCUAAUGACGAGUAUCAUUGUCCCUCCACAUUUAAGGUAUUCACGGACCAUACACACAUUGUGGCAAUUAAAACUACUGGAAAUGUGUUUUCAUGGGAAGCAGUUGAGCGGUUGAAUGUCAAAGCAAAAAAUUGGAGGGAUUUGCUUACUGACGAGCCUUUUACACGAAAGGAUGUCAUCACAAUACAAGAUCCUCAUAAUCUUGAGGCGCGUAAUUUAUCUAAUUUCUAUUAUCUGAAAAAUGAUAUCAAAGUCGAAAAGGCAAAACAAAGUCCUUUAUAUGACAUAAAUGUCGAGGCAACUGGUUCCGCAGGAAAAGUCUUGGAAAAAAUUUCUAAAAAGAAUGAAAACACGUCAGUUAUAAAAACUGAAUCUAGCACAAAAAAAACACCAGAUAAAGCGAAAAUGCCAUAUAAUGCAGCUCAUUACUCCACAGGCAUGGCAGCAGCUUCGUUGACAUCUACUGCAAUGGAUCCGGUAACAGAGAACACCGCGGCUUUACUAGACGAAGAGGAAUUUAUGUUCAAAGAAAUCAAGGAAAAGGGGUAUGUUCGAAUAGUUACGAAUCUGGGAAAUAUUAAUGUCGAACUUUUUUGUAAUAAAUCCCCACGUGCAUGUUAUAACUUUAUAAUGUUAUCAAAGCAGGGAUAUUAUAAAAAUGUUAUAUUUCAUCGUAAAAUCAAGAAUUUUAUGAUUCAAGGCGGUGAUUCUACUGGGACUGGUAAAGGAGGUGAAUCUUUUUGGAAAAAAGAUUUCGCUGAUGAAUUUAAGAGCAAUUUGUCACAUAACGAACGCGGGCUUCUUAGUAUGGCGAAUAAAGGCAAGAACACAAAUUCUUCACAAUUGCAAGAAGUCCUCGACAAAAUGGAAUCUAUUCCCACGGAUGAAGCCGAUCGUCCAUUACAAGAAAUAAAAAUGAUUGACGCAAUUGUAUUCGUGGACCCUUUUGAAGAGUACAAGAAAAAACUACAUAAAAAAUUAGAACGAAAAAGUUCGGAAUCAGGAAAGACGCGCUCAGUUGUCAAGUCUGAAAAGGAUACUACCACGUGGUUUGGGACAUCAUUAAACCAAUCGACUAGUUCCAAAACCACAGAAAACGGAGUUGGGAAAUAUUUGCAAUCGUCAUCUGUUGCAAAGCGAGAUGCAAAUUUGGACGAGGAAGAGGAUGUGAUUGUUCAUACUCCAAAAAAACUAAAACCAACGGGAUAUAACUUUUCGGAUUUUAGCAGUUGGUAA